AUGCCGAGACUUCCGACCCAACUGGGUGGUCAAGUCGUCGAAGGAGUGAGGUCGAACAGCAGCGAGGGAGGCAGCGAGCUCCCGUUAUUCCGUCCGAUCAAAAAUGUCGUAGCUUCCGAUCCCGACGGGAAGGGAAGUCGGAGAAGGAACGAAGUUGCACAGCAAGGAGCCGAAGAAGCGAUCAUGAGGGAGAAAGUCUCCUCCACAGCAAGCAACUCCCGUUCUUACUUCCGAUUGAAAUGUCGUAACGUCCGAUCCGACUGGAAGGGCAAGUCAUCGAAGCUCCAAAGCCAGUGUGCUCUUGCGGUUGUUUCCGAUCCAAGGUGUCGUCACUUCCGAUCGACUAUAAGGGAACGUCGUCGUCAGAGCGUGGUCGAGCGAGAGAAUGGGAGCGGGGAUCAGAGAGCGAAAGAGAUUGGGGCGGAAGAGCCAGGGAGCCGAGCUCUCUCGUUUAUUCUGCUUAUGAAGUGCUAUCACAAAACAGUAUAUGAUGAACAAUUACACUUCAAGGACUCGAGUAUUGUGAUGAAUUUGAAUAUGAGCAGUAUUAAUACCCUUCAUUUUAUUGGCUCUGUUGGGUAUGGUUCAAGUGUUCUGCUUUUGUUGGCCAAGGUCACAAGAAGCGUUGAUACUGAGUUCGGCCAGUUCAGCUCCCAGGAAAGGAAAACUGUUGAUUCGAUUGUUAAAGCAAGUGAUUUCCCUUUAUCUAUCAUCCUGGUUGGAGUUGGAGAUGGGCCUUGGGACAUGAUGAAAGAGUUUGAUGACAAUAUUCCGGCAAGAUCUUUUGAUAAUUUCCAGUUUGUGAAUUUCACUGAAAUCAUGUCAAAGAACAUAGAUCAGACCAGAAAAGAUACGGAGUUUGCUCUUGCUGCUCUGAUGGAAAUUCCUUCGCAAUACAAUGCAACAUUGGAUCAUGGGAUAUCGGGUCGCAGGAGCGGUAAAUCUCCAGAAAUGGUCGCUCUUCCUCCACCUAUAGGAGCUUUCAGUGUAUCAUCCACUGGGUACAAAAAUUUUCAUUCGACCGCUUUCCAACGAAGUGAGCCAUUCCUUCCCUCAUAUGAGCCUCGACCAAGCACACCCCCACCUGCUCAGGUUUCCUCAUUUGAUGAUAAGGUGUGUCCAAUAUGCCUAACAAACCCCAAGGAUAUGGCGUUCGGCUGUGGGCAUCAGACAUGCUGUGAUUGUGGACCGAAUCUUCAAACAUGUCCGAUUUGCCGAUGUGAGAUUCAUACGAGAAUAAAGCUCUUUUAGCACCAGAAAUCCUGUUGAAGACAGACCAUUUGUAGAUUUCCAGAGAAAUGUAUUAUAUUAUUAUAUUUAUGUGUUUGCUUUUUUUUUAUCUGCAAAAAACUCAGAAUUGGAAGAGUCGGUCUUUUGUUAUCUUCCUCAUCAAAUUGCUGGCAUGGAACAUUGUAACAUAUAAGAUGCACGGAUUAAUUGUUUGGUUCUUUAGUCAAUAAAUUGCUCCAAUGGAGAUCUCAGCUUGAAAAACAAUAUGCCAAAGAAAAUAGAUGGCGAAGAAUAUAAUUUUAAUUUAUGUAUUUGUAUAUUUUGUUCCAUUGUGAAAAA